GUGGCUGAUGGUCUUGGACUCACAUUGUACACCAAGAUCGAAGUGUUUCAGAAAUGUGUAAAGGAUUAGCUGCUCUACCCCAGACAUGCCUGGAGAGGGCUAAAGAGAUCAAGACUAAAUUGGGAACUCUGCUCCAGAAGCCAGAGAAUGCCAUUGACCUCAUCAUCCCCUACCCCGAAAAACCGGAGAAGAAACCGGAAAAGCUCCAGAAACCAACCCCAGAGGAGGCUGCGCAGUGGAGAGAGUCCUUGGACCGGGUCCUCAACAACAGCUAUGGCCUGGUCACCUUCAAGAGCUUCCUGAGAUCUGAGUUCAGUCAGGAGAACAUCGAGUUCUGGGAGGCCUGUGAGGAGUUCAAGAAGACCAAGUCCCCCCUGAAAAUGGCCGCCAAAGCAAAGAAGAUAUACGAGGACUUUAUUCAGACUGGGGGGCCCAAGGAGGUGGGUCUGUUCAAAUAUAAUAUGAAUAAACUUGUCAACAUUGACCACUUCACCAAGGACGUCACCCUGCGUAACCUGGUUGAUCUUUCACCUUCUACCUUCGACCUCGCCCAGAGUCGGAUCUAUACCCUGAUGGAAAAAGACUCCUUCGGCCGGUUCCUGAGAUCUGAGCACUACCAGGAACUGCUGAAGUAAAUCACUCAGCUGGCUGCAGGGAGACAAGACUGCAAACCCCACAAAAACAGCCAAACAAAGCCAUUCAAAUCAAUUGGAUCCACUGCUAAUAAAGGCCUUUGACUACAAAAGUGUCCUUGAUGUUCUCUAUUCAGCCCCCCCCCCCAAAAAAACUGCCCCUGAAUUGAAGCUGAUUGAAAAUAUGACAGAGAUGGCUCUUAGUAAAAUCUGAAGUGAUUUGAAAAGGGUACUCUGCUGUCUCCCUGCAGCCCUCCACACUGAAAUCAUCCUUCAGCUUUUCUUAAUUAGGACUACAGCAUAGACGACACCUUCAAUUCAGUUUGGCUCUCCAGUGAAACCACUGAAAAAUAAGCCUUUGAAGUAUCAAAUUAUAUUUUAAAAUAUCACCUUUUUAAGCACUCUUCAAAAUGAAUGCUCCAAAAAUGUUAAACAAGUUGACUGUAAAACUUUCAACUGAAUGGAAUGACUUUUUUUUUUUUUUUGCUGUCCCCUGUAGACUAAAUAAAACCUAACAUACCCAUAGACACACAGACCCCAGGUCAUAAUACGUCCCUCUGUUGUAAACUAGGAACAUGACCUAUUUGUUUUUAAUUUACUAAUUCGUUCAUUUCCCUUCUCUAAACUCGGUGGAAACGUCCAGAGUUGCCUGAGUAGAUGGG